AACUGUUCUUCUUCAACAUACAAGACGCGAUGAGCAGCUCAUCAAUGCUUCGAAACAAUGUCUUUCAAAGAAAAGCGGAAGCUUGAAGCUACCGACGCGUCAAGCGACCGAAAAAGAGUUAGAACCUCACGUGAUACGCUUGUGAAGCGCGACCUUUUGGAUCGUUGCUAUGAUAAAGUCACUACGCUAAGGGAAUAUAUCCUCCUUAAGCUGCCGCCGCGCUCUCGUCUUCGGCGGAAGAAGGUAGCGUCUGUUGGUGAGGGAGACGAUGUCGGAGAGCUAGAAAGCAAUUUGUCGCGAUUACUCGAUACGUCACUUGUUUGUUUUGACAACGACCAGCAGAAUGUCAAGGAUGUUGACAUGCGAAAGAAGCAAUUGAUUGAAUUUACACAGAAGGGGGACGAAUCCUAUGUUAGUCUAUCAGAUGGCAUUUCAGGCUCCGUGUUUUCUCAAGAUGAGAUUAUGGACUUCGUCGUCUGGCUACUCUUUCAACGAGAGCCACAUGCCAGGCCCAAACACAUACUUUGCGACGGUUUUCAAAAAUUAGCCGGCCAAAACGGUCAAGGAACGACCAAUAUCCCGGAUCUAUCCAUCCGUCACCAUAAUUCUCACGUAAAGGCACUCAGGGAAAGUCCCUGGCCACAGCUACUGGCUCUCCUCGGCAAAGCUGGCGAGGAGAUCAUGAUCAAACUUCUCGUCGAUGCAUCAAUCUAUGUAGCUGUUGAAGCUGGCUUGAAUAAUUACCAUCAACUGUCAGGCGUGCCUCUUGCAGAGCUUGACCUUCCUGGUGGUAACGUAUCUCUGAAUAAGGGAUCGGCACCCUCAGACUCUAGCAACUUGGAUGCUGGAAGCCAUGGUGUAAUCAAGAUCAUGAUGUACAUGUUUCCUCGUCAAUUUGGACUGCACAACGUCUUUACCUUUCAAGUUGACCAUACCAAGACCUCGCAAAAGUUCCAGGACUAUACGUCGAGAGAAGAGGAAAUUGCUCCCAUCUUCCAGGCCAAACCAGGAGAUGCUGCUUCAAGAAAGCCGAAAAUCCCCAAACGGCUCCGCGGCGACGUAGAGCAACUCGUGAAGCGCCUACAAAUUCUCCAUAGCCGAUGCUCUUAUACCGAGCUGCUCAGCUAUUACUGCUCUUGCGUCUUUGAUAGACCAUCGCAGAUCCGGAAACCGAAGGCCAAGAAGAUCCCGAUGUCAACCCGGAAGCCAAAACCUUCACAGCACCCAUUCUCGCGAUCGAACCAGAAAUGCGUGUCAUCACAGAUGCAUCCAGAAGCGGGAACUUCCGGCACACAGGUGCAGUCGCUUCCUGAGCACGACUCUCUCGUCGAACUAGCCACACCGUCGUUUCAAGUUUCGUCAUUCUGUCGAGCAGUCUUGUCCAAGAUCAUCCCAGAUAGCUUCUGGGGAGAUAAAGAUGCUGGGAAACACAACAAAUCAAUUGCGAUGCGAAACGUUGACCACUUCAUCAGACUCAGGCGCUUUGAAACCAUGUCUUUGCAUGAACUAACGCAAGACCUAAAGAUUGCAGAGAUUUCUUGGCUCCAGCCUCACAAUACUGGUACUCAGAAACCUAGCCGAACGGACACCGAGAAGCGUCUUGAAAUCUUUCACGAGUUUUUGUAUUUUGUUUUUGACUCACUUUUGAUACCCCUGAUUCGCAACAACUUUUAUGUAACUGAAUCCAAUACCCAUCGUUAUCGAGUUUUCUACUUCCGUCACGAAGUAUGGAGACGGAUUGCAGAGCCUGCUAUGGCAGACCUCAAAGCAGACAUGUUUGAGGAGGUCAAGUUGGAUGAUGCACUCCAAAUACUGGAAAGUCGGGACCUGGGAUCUAGUCAAAUACGACUAUUGCCCAAGGGAAACAGACUGCGUCCCAUCAUGAACCUGCGACGAAGAGCUAUGGCUCGUGGACAAUCCAGGAAACUUGGUCUUAGCAUCAACACCGUUCUGGGACCUAUCCACUCGCUCUUGAAAUUGGAAAGAGCCUUCAAAGGAACGCUGGGUCCUGAUCCUGGCAAGCUGUACUUUGCCAAGACUGAUGUCAAGGCUGCUUUUGAUACUAUACCACAGGAGGCAGUCGUUGAGCUUAUGAAAUCCGUGCCUAGCCAGACCAAUUACACCAUCAUGAAGCAUGUGGAGGUCAAGCCAGGCGAAAGAGCAGUGAUAGAUGACGACAAGUAUUCAUCCAAAGCCAUCCGUCGAUGGCACGCCACCGCUUUGAGUGAGAACGAGAGCUCUGUUUUUGUAGAGCGUCUUGAAAAGGACUUAGCACCAAAAAAGAAGAACACUGUCUUUGUAGACAGUGCUUUUCGCAGGACGAAGAAUGUUGGGGAACUCAUGCAUCUCUUGAGGCAGCACGUCGAACAGAAUCUUGUACUGGUGGGGAAAAAGUACUAUAGGCAGAAAGUCGGCAUUCCUCAAGGCUCCGUUUUGUCUUCGUUCCUAUGCAACUACUUUUACGCCGACCUCGAAGCAAAACAUCUGGGGUUCUUGGAUUCACCAGACUGUCUCCUGUUGCGCCUCAUUGACGAUUUUCUCUUAGUUACUUUAGACCAGAACAAGGCAGCCAAAUUUGUGAACGCUAUGCAUGGUGGGUUUCCCGAGUAUGGUGUUGCGGUCAACCCGGCCAAGACAAUGGUCAACUUCGACAUGCUAUAUGCUGGCGAACCUGUUCGAAAUUAUAACCAUGAAAAGGGGUUUCCUUACUGUGGGACGGCAAUUAAUUGUCAGACAUUGGAUAUCACCAAGGAUAGAGAAAGAGACGCCAACAUUGAUGCCUUCAAGAUCCAGUCACAUUUGAUGUUCUACGACACGUCUCACAAUUCAACGCGGACCGUUCUGUCAUCACUUCAGGGUGCUUUCGUCGAGACUGCUAGCAAGAUGUUGGCGUAUCUCCGCUGCCUUGGAAAGAACCAGCACCCCAGCAGUGAAAUGAUACUUCGAACUAUUGCCAAAGUGAUAGACGUGGCCUAUUUACUGCUGACGAGUAAAUCUCGAAUAAUGAAAUACCCCCAGUACACUUGUGAUAUACGAAAGUCACAAGUUGCUCUCACUGCCUGUCUGGCUUUUGAGAAGGUGCUCGCAGCAAAGCAAAGUAACUAUCAGCCAGUUGUCAAGUGGCUUCGUAAAGAAGCAGACAGACUUGCUUCUGGGAGAAAGCACAAAUCUAUACAUACGCCUAGAAGUGGACAAGCAUCGGGCUAG